GCGAAAGAUUGAAUAUUUUAUUAUUUUGUUUAAAACAGUUGACGGUGAUUUAUUGCCAGCGCGCUGGUCUAGAGUUUUGCCAACAAGAGCUGGGAUCAGCUGAAAUACACGAUAUACCCAAAUCUAAUCCCCCGGGCCUUACUUAAACGCCCAAAUCACCACACAUAAUGGACCCCUACGACAGUGACUCCUCCGGUUUUGAAGAUGAGGGGGACUACACGGAGACCGGAGUUCUCCUUGGCUUUGCUUCCCCCGAGGCCACAGAUGAUACAAUUAGCCACUUGGGUGGAUGGCCGACGUGGCUCGACGAAAAGACCCCGCCUCCAGGCGACUUUGCUAAAUGCAAGGUCUGCAACAACCCCAUGCUGCUGCUCCUCGAACUAAAUGGCGACCUACCCGAACACUUCCCCGACGAUGAGCGACGGCUAUAUAUAUUUGGUUGUCCCCGAAAGACAUGCAAUCGGAAGGCUGGAAGUAUCAGGGCCCUUCGCGGGGUCAGGAAGCUGAAGCAAAGUACGAAACAAAAGAAGCAGUCAGAGGAGAAAAAGCCGCAGCCGCAGCAGCAGCAGACGCAGACGCAAGCUCCCAAGCAGGAUCUUGGAGCGAGUAUCUUUGGAGCAGCUCCCUCGAGCAAUGGUCUUGGAGGAAACGUGAACCCCUUCUCCACCACCUCGAGCUCAUCCGCCGCGCAAUCGAACCCAUUCGCGCCGCUGCCCACUCCUGCUGCGAAACCAGCGCAGACGCCCGUUCAGGGUCUUUCAGAAUCCUUCGCGGAUAAAGUCCGUGUAUCUUCUCCGCCUCCAACUAAAGCUCCAGUCGUCGCCGGUCCCGUCGCGCCAUGGCCGCCGCAGUCUGCAUUCCCAGAACCAUACCCUCAUUACUACCUGGACGCGGAAUACGAGACUCUCUCGCGGCCAUCCACACCUACCGUCCCAAGCAACGUGCAGACUCUAGAAGAGGACGACAAGUCCGGUGCCGCUGGCGCUGACUCUAAGGACGCUUUUGAGUCCACUGUUGACAAGUCCUUCCUUCGCUUCUCGACCCGUCUAGCUCAUAAUCCAGAGCAAGCCCUACGCUACGAAUUCCGCGGCUCUCCCCUCCUCUACUCCCACAAGGACGCCGUAAGCAAACUCUUCCCUCAAAGCCACACUCAUACUCAAGGCUCCGGAACCCGAGUCACGACCGCUAGUGGUAGCAGCGGGAACCGCAUCCCGCGCUGCGAAUCUUGCGGCCGCGAGCGUGUCUUCGAGCUACAACUCGUCCCACACGCCAUCAGCGUCCUUGAAGAAGGCCGCGAGGGCGUCGGUCUCGGUAAGGAUGACGCAGGCAUGGAAUGGGGAACCAUCAUCCUAGGCGUCUGCGCUGGCGACUGUGGUCCGGAAGAGGUGGGCGUUGCAGGCUGGAAGGAAGAAUGGGUUGGUGUACAGUGGGAGGAGAGGCAGUGAUUUAACUAGCUCUUCUACCUCUUUCGAUAUGGAAAAAGAAAAAGAAGUACAUAGAUAAUUGAUCCAGUAAAUGCAAACAAAAAGAGCGUUUCACGCUCUUCUUCCAUGUUCAAAU